GGACUCUCGAUUCUACUGCUACUACAGUAGUCUUUCCCGGAGGAUUGAGGAACCUCUGCUUUCUGCAUAUUCUCUCUCUCUCUCUCUCUCUCUCUCUCUCUCUACUUCGACGAGGUUGGUGCAUAGUUGACGAUCAUGGACUCAACUUUCAGAGAGUUUUCGGAUUCAAUAGGAGUUUCAAGAUUGGAUGAUGAGAACAUAUUGCGUGGUUUUGAUUGUUCUCCAAAUGUAUCCGAUACAUAUAUGUUUAGUCAGGACUCUCCGGAUCUUAGCUUCCUGAAUAUUCCUUCCCUUCCGCCUGACCUUGUUCACGAUGCUGAGCCUACGAAUUUUGGUACUUCUUCGAACUUGAACUCUGAAAUGACCUCUGGAGAUGAUAAUGAAUUUUCUGAUUCUGUUUUGAAGUACCUAAAUGAAAUUCUCACGGAGGAGAACGUGGAAGAAGACCCGUCAGUGGUCCUUGAUCCUUUGGCUCUACAAGCUGCCGAAAAUUCCUUCUAUCAGAUCCUGGACAACAAAUAUACGCCUUCAACCAACCAAUCCACUGUUCACAUUGACCAGAACGUCCAAAGCCCAGACGGUAACUCUUGUGGAAUUUCCAGUGAGAGCCAGACAAACAGCAGCAGUUAUGCUAGCAACUUCACGGAUCCUCAUUGUGUUUCUGAUUCUGUUGAGUUUACACCUUCUUCAUCGCUUAUAGAGACCCAACCUGCUGAGAGUUUCUCCCAAACUACUUUGCAAUCUGGUUCUCAGUUGCAUUUUAGCUCUUCAAACAGCUUUAGUAAUGGUUUUCUUUUCCCAGUGGACACUGCUUCUAUUUCCCAUCUAGUUUCGAACAUAUUCAGCGAUAGUCAUUCCAUCUUUCAAUUCAAGAGAGGCAUGGAGGAGGCCAGUAAGUUCCUUCCGAUGGGUAAUCCAUUGCUAAUUGGUUUGGAGAAGUAUGCACCGCCUCCUGUAUCGAAACAAGUGCCUUCGCCAGUUGUAGUCAAUUUAGAUAAGGACGAGAGGGACAACGGCUUUUUGGGAAGGAAGAAUCAUGAUCGGGAAGAUAGUGAUUUAGAGGAAGAGAGGAGUAGCAAGCAGUCUAUCAGUUGUGUUGAAGAGGCUGAGCUAUCAGAGAUGUUUGACAGGGUUCUGCUUAAUGAUGAGAUAAAGGUGGAGCCUCCUCUGUGUUGCGCUGGUGAUGAAGAAAUGCAUACGCAGAAUGGCCAAUCUAGUGGGUCCAACAGUGGGAAAACACGUGGUAAGAAAAGGUACAAUAAAGAGGAAAAAUUGGAUCUCAGGACUCUACUGAUUAGCUGUGCACAAUCUGUUGCUGCUGAUGAUCGCAGGAGCGCUGAUGAACAACUAAAGAAGAUUAGACAGCACACUUCUCCAUUCGGUGAUGGGUCUCAGAGAUUAGCUCACAUCUUUGCUAAUGCUCUUGAGGCACGCUUGGCUGGCACUGGAAGUCAGAUUUAUAAGGCCCUAGCUUCCAAACAAAUUUCAGCCGCCGAUAUGUUGAAAGUCCAUCAGCUUUAUAUCUCAGCCAGCCCGUUCAAAAAGAUAGCCAUUUUCUAUGCUAAUAGCAAGAUUUUAGAAGUGGCAGAGAAAGCAAAAAAGCUUCACAUUAUAGACUUUGGUAUUCUCUUUGGUUUCCAGUGGCCCAUCUUCAUCCAAUGCCUGUCAACCAGGCCCGGUGGACCCCCCAAGCUUCGCAUUACUGGGAUAGACUUCCCACAACCUGGCUUUCGCCCAGCGGAAAGAGUUGAGCAGACAGGACGGCGGUUGGCGAAGUAUUGCGAGCGUUUCAAUGUGCAGUUUGAGUACAAUGCAAUAGCACAGAACUGGCAAACCAUCCAAAUCGAGGAUCUAAAGAUUGAGAACGAUGAGAUGCUAGUUGUAAACAGUCUGUUCCGCUUUAGAAACCUACUGGAUGAUACAGUUGCCGCAAACGGUCCAAGGGAUGCUGUCCUAAGGUUUAUCAGGAAAAUCAAUCCGACGAUUUUCCUUCACGCGGUUGUUAGUGGGUCCCACGGCGCACCUUUCUUCCUCACCCGGUUCAAGGAAGCAAUCUUCCACUACUCUGCUUUGUUUGAUAUGUUUGAUUCAAAUAUACCUCGCGAGGAUCAGGAGAGGUUGAUGUUUGAGAGGGAAUACUUUGGCCGCGAGAUUAUGAGUGCCGUAGCAUGUGAGGGGUCAGAGAGGCUAGAGAGACCUGAGACAUACAAGCACUGGCAGGUUCGGAAUACGAGUGCUGGGUUCAAGAUUUUACCGUUGAACCAGAACAUUGUGAGGAGACUGAAGGCGAAGGUGAGGGCGGAUUGUCCUAAAGAUUUUGUGAUUGAAGAAGAUAACAACUGGAUGUUGCAGGGGUGGAAGGGUCGGAUUAUUUAUGCGAGCUCUUGUUGGGUACCUUCAUAGAUUAUUGAAAGUUUUCGGUACACAGAAUGUAGGUGACUACUGACUAGGCUUUCUUCCAGAACGUGGCUAGUUGAUUACUUGAAAAACCAAUGCGAGACUCCAUGUUUUUCAAUCAUUAAGUAGAGGUUCUGGUGAAAAUCACUUGGGGAUUGUAACUUAUCGGAAUGAAGAGAAUGUGAACUGAUGAUCCAGAAAAAAGGAUAUCUGAUAUAGGUAAUGUUGUAUUAUGUCAUACAAGUGUGUAAUGUUGUAUUAUGUCAUACAAGUGUGAAUUGAGUAUAGCAUCUCAGUUUAUAGAACAUGAGGAAAUCACUGAGGAAACCAGGAAUUUCUCAUAUAUGUAUAGCUGGCACCGAUUCCACUCAAUUGCAAGGAGAGGUUUUUGAA